UUGUUUUGCAAGCAUUUCAUAUAUCGAUAUCCCCCUUAUUUUCUGCUGUGCUACGCUACCCGGUAAAUGCUGAAAUGGUGCAGAAAUAAAUACAAUUCUCUGACUGAAAUAUUGGGAAAAACAGUCGCGUAAAGUAAUGAAAAGCAACCGCCAGUUUUUCUAGCCGACAGUGUUUCCGUGAGAGCAGUGUAAAGUAAAUUUUCGUGCCGCAUCGAUUUUUUCUGCGCCGCUGGUGCUGCCGCUGCCACAUUAACAGCCCCAAGCUAAAUCAAAAACUACAUUCACAAUGUCGCGGCAUCCGAGUGACCGCAAGGUUUACGUUGGAGAUUUGGGCAACAACGCCCGUAAGAACGAUUUGGAGUAUGUGUUUGGAGCUUACGGCAGUCUGCGCAGCGUCUGGAUUGCACGCAACCCUCCAGGAUUCGCCUUUGUGGAGUUCGAGAGCGCUAGAGAUGCAGCGGAUGCGGUGCGCGGUCUAGAUGGUCGCACUGUGUGUGGACGCCGAGCCCGUGUGGAGCUGUCGACUGGUAAAUACGCAAGAUCUGGAGGCGGUGCAGGAGGUGGUGGUGGCGGAGGAGGAGGUGGCGGAGGUGCUGGAGGACGCGACCGCGGAGGCGGCGGUGGCCGUGGGGACGAUAAGUGCUAUGAAUGUGGCGGCCGUGGCCACUUUGCCCGCCAUUGCCGUGAGCGGAAAGCAAGACAACGACGCAGCAACUCGUUCAGCAGAUCUCGUAGCACAUCCCGUCGCCGUCGCACUCGCUCCAAGUCUGGUGGCACUCGUUCGCGCAGUCGCUCCGCUGGCUCGGUGGGCGGUGCUGCUCGACGCUCUGGCCGCUCAAAUGGACGCGAUGAGAAUGGUUCGGUGUCACGCUACAGCGACCACGAGCGCAACGGCAGUGGGGCAGUGGACACAUCGCCGCCGCCACCGAAGCGCCGCUACGACGAUGACGAUGAUGAGCGGGAUAGAGGUUCACGUUCGGCAUCGCCGCCAGUGCGUCGCGGAGGAUCACCACCACCACGUCGUCGCGGCGAUUCGUCGGCCUCACGUUCCGUGUCCAGGGACUAGCGACGACAAACGGAUGCAGACGAUGGCCGUAAAUUCAAGAAGAAAUAAUUUAGUGGGGCCUGAGAGCUGCAGCCAAGAAACAAGAAGAAUCAGCGCGAAAAGGGGAAGCUGGACAACAAAUUCCCCUACCCCUCAUUCCCCCCACACACAAACACAACCCCAAAUACAUAAUAUAACAAAAAACAAAAGAAGAACAAUUCCCAAAACAACAAAAAUACAAACAAAAAAACUUUCUUCACGAAGUAUACACACCCACAUACAUAUAAACAAAUACCGUUUAGUUGUCCUCCCCCAAAAAACCAUUUUAGCUUAGGGUUUUAAUUUAUUGUCUAAGGGAAGUACAGUCAGCAUUUGUAAGUACUUUUUGCUAUCGCGACAAGACCUGGGAAAACACACGAAACACUCACACAUACGCGAAGAAAGAUAACAGCAGAAACCAGAACAAAGGGCGCUUGAAAUAUCAAAAAGAAAACAAACAUCAAAAUUUAUAUAUUAAAUACAAUAAAAAAGGAUCGGGACAGAAGGGACAAACACCGCGAACCGAACAUCGAUCUAGUCACACCGUUUGCUAUGUAAAUUGAUUUUUGUGCUUCUGAUUUGACAACCAGCCGAUAUAUAGACGAUGCCUGGAACGAUACUCGAAUAUGUAGAAGGCGGAACGACGAGUUCGUGUGUUUGUUUUAUCAACUGGGGGGAAUAAGGCGCCAUCACAUCUAGAACAUCCCUGCUCCCAUGUCACGUACCAUUAAACAUAACAUCAAUAUGUCAAUUCUCUUCAAUUCAUGUGUUGUACCGAUCCGAUUCCCAUUAAAUACAUGCACCCACUCUUGAUAUUUCAACUUU